GCCGAUAAAGAAGUGCCGGUUCCUAGCCGAGCUCGUUGUGUGUGUGUGGCAGAGCUCUUUGUCUUCUCCUCAGCCCGAUUGAUACCAUGCAGCCGCCGCCGACCUUCCGCUAUCCUGAGGCCUUCCGCGAUGACAGUGCGGUUGAUGAAUACCAUGGUGUAAAGGUUCCUGAUCCAUACAGGUGGCUUGAAGAUCCAGACAGCGAGCAGACAAAGGCAUUUGUUGAAGCUCAGAAUAACUUGACAAUGCCAUUUCUUGAGCAAUGUCCGGUUCGACGGCUAUUCAAGGAUCGAAUGACAGAACUCUAUGACUAUCCAAAGUAUAGCUGCCAUUUCAAGAAAGGAAAAAGGUAUUUCUAUUUCUACAAUUCUGGGCUUCAGAAUCAAAAAGUAAUGUAUGUUCAGGAUUCUCUAGAUGAUGAACCAAAGGUGUUCCUGGAUCCUAAUACAUUUUCUGAAGAUGGCACGGUUGCUCUGCGGGGCUAUUCUUUCACAGAAGAUGGAGAGUAUUUUGCCUACGGGUUAAGUAAUAGUGGCUCAGACUGGGUAACUAUCAAGUUCUUGAAAGUUUGCAACCGAGAGGAACUGCCAGAUGUUCUGGAGAGAGUAAAAUUUAGCUGCAUGUCUUGGACUCAUGAUCGUGUUGGAAUGUUUUAUAACCGUUAUCCUGAGCAAGAGGGUAAAAGUGAUGGUACCGAAACAUCCACCAACCUGCACCAGAAGCUCUAUUAUCAUGUUCUGGGAACAGAGCAGACUAAGGAUGUUUUAUGCGCUGAAUUUCCUGAUAACCCAAAAUGGAUGGGAGGUGCUACGGUCUCUGAUGAUGGUCAAUACGUACUGUUGUCUAUCAGUGAGGGCUGUGAUCCGGUUAACCGUUUGUGGUAUUGUGAUUUGCACAAGCAACCAAAUGGCAUCGAUGGUAUUCUUCCUUGGGUAAAGCUCAUAGAUAACUUUGAUGCAGAAUAUGAUUAUAUCACAAAUGAAGCGACUAUCUUCACAUUUAAGACCAAUCGUAAUGCCCCAAAAUACAAGCUAAUUAACAUAGACUUCAGUGACCCUGUGGAAUCCAGCUGGAAAGAACUUGUUCCAGAGCAUGAGAAGGAUGUAUUGGAAUGGGUAGCCUGUGUUCAUUCGAAGUUCCUUGUCCUCUGCUGCCUCCACGAUGUGAAGAAUGUCUUGCAGCUGCAUGAUCUUGCUACUGGCCGCCAUCUUAAGACUUUUCCUUUGGAUGUUGGUAGCAUUGUAGGAUACAGUGGUCAGAAAAAGGACUCUGAGAUUUUUUACCACUUCACAUCUUUUUUAUCACCAGGUAUAAUUUAUCACUAUGACCUGACCAAAGGCACAGAAGAGCCAAAAGUUUUCCGGGAAGUGACUGUCAAAGGUUUUAAUCCAUCGGACUACCAGACAGUUCAGGCGUUUUAUACCAGCAAAGAUGGAACUCAGAUACCUAUGUUCAUUGUCCAUAAAAAGGGUAUUAAGUUAGAUGGUUCUCACCCAGCCUUUCUCUAUGGCUAUGGAGGAUUUAAUAUAUCCAUCACACCAAGCUACAGUGUUUCCAGACUUAUAUUUGUAAGGCACUUAGGCGGUAUACUUGCUGUAGCCAACAUCCGAGGAGGAGGAGAAUAUGGGGAAACUUGGCACAAAGCUGCCUGUUUGGAUAAGAAGCAAAACUGUUUUGAUGACUUCCAGUGUGCAGCUGAAUAUUUGAUUAAGAAAGGAUAUUCCUCUCUUCAGAACAUUACCAUCAAUGGAGGAUCAAACGGUGGCCUUUUAGUAGCUGCCUGUGCAAAUCAGCGUCCUGACCUGUUUGGAUGUGUCGUUGCUCAAGUUGGCGUUCUGGACAUGCUGAAGUUCCACAAGUUUACUAUUGGCCAUGCUUGGACCACAGACUUUGGCUGCUCAGACAAGAAGGAACACUUUGAGUGGCUGUACAAGUACUCACCACUUCAUAAUAUCAAAGUGCCUGAUGAUGGAGCGCAGUACCCAUCCACAUUGCUUCUCACAGCUGACCAUGACGAUAGAGUUGUCCCUUUACACUCUCUAAAAUUCAUAGCUACGUUGCAGCAUGUUGUGGGCCAAAGCCCAAAGCAACGCAAUCCCCUUUUCAUCCAUGUAGACACCAAGGCUGGCCAUGGAGCAGGGAAGCCCACUACUAAAGUGAUCGAGGAGGUUUCUGACAUGUUUGCUUUCAUUGCACGAUGCCUAAACAUCAGUUGGAUUGAAUAGGUGAAUCGGAGCAAGUUUCCAUUUUUAUGCAAGGGCUUUUAUGUCACAUGGGAACUGUCAAUGUAUUCAUAGGUAACAAACAGCUGGAUUUCUGACAUCAAUCUUUAUUACUUGAGGUGAUGGGAAAUAUUGGAAUUUCAGCAUGUGGGUAUCAGCAACUGAAAUGUGUUAAUUUUUGUGUUACAACGUGUUUAAGUAUUGGCCAGAAUUAUAUUGUAACUUGAAAUAUAUUUUGGCCACACAACAAAUAUGAUGUUUAAAAUACCUGAAUAAUGGUGCAUAUCAAAUAAAAUGAUU